GCAGUGCUCUUGCGGACCUGCAGCGCAAGGCUCUUGGGGCACCACGGGGCUUCCGGCGGUCCGGGUUGCAGGUGGAACCCUCCUGUCGGAGCGGAAGAACUGCGGGGAGAGCUGGACAGAUUCGGGGGCGUCUCAGUGCGCCUUCCGCGGCUCGGCGCGCUGGAUCGCCUGGACGCCGCCUCAUUCCAGAGGGACUUGCAGGCUGCAAUACAACAAUGGAGAUCAGAAGGUAGGAUAGCGGUAUGGCUGCAUAUUCCCAUCCUCCAAAGCCGAUUUAUUGCCCCUGCUGCUUCCCUGGGUUUCCGCUUUCACCAUGCAGAAUCGGAUUCAUCCACGCUGACACUGUGGCUGGGAGAGGGACCCAGCAGAUUACCAGGAUAUGCUACACAUCAAGUAGGAGUUGCAGGAGCUGUAUUUGAUGAAAAUACUAGGAAAAUAUUGGUUGUACAAGAUCGAAAUAAAUUGAAGAAUAUGUGGAAGUUUCCAGGGGGCCUGUCAGAGCCUGGAGAAGAUAUUGGAGACACAGCAGUUCGAGAAGUUUUUGAAGAGACUGGUAUAAAAUCAGAAUUCAGGUCCCUCCUGAGCAUUCGGCAACAGCACACCGAUCCCAGAGCUUUUGGGAAAUCAGAUAUGUUUAUCAUCUGUCGCUUAAAGCCACAUUCAUUUACCAUAAAUUUUUGCCAGCAUGAAUGCUUAAGGUGUGAAUGGAUGGAUCUCAAUGACCUGGUCAAGACUGAAAAUACAACUCCCAUCACCAGCAGAGUUGCUAGGCUGCUGCUCUAUGGGUACAGAGAAGGAUUUGACAAGAUUGAUUUCACCGUGGAAGAACUUCCGGCAGUUUACAAAGGCUUGUUCUAUAAACUCUAUCACAAGGAACUGCCAGACAAUUACAGAACUAUGACAGGAAUGGAUUAAAUCCUUAUUUGCAUGUUUUAAAAAAUUUUAAGUAAAUUGUACAUGGAGAAUAAUGUGUGCCAUAUUAUAAAAAGUAGUGGACAUUUGGGGUUAACUAAAUAUCUGACUUUAAUUUUCUAGUGUGUAUAAUUUUCAUGAAGAAAACUUGUUUGACGAAAACUUGCAAAUUUAUAAGCCUCUUUUCAAAUGAAGCAAAUGUAUGAAAAAGAUUGUAGCUCUAUGUAAGCUUCACUGGAUAAAGGCAAAUGCAAUACAAAAGGUGGAAGUCUAUACAUUUUCCAGGAA